UAUGUCAGAAGAAUUAGCAAAUACCGUCUACCUAGGUGGAAUCCCUGAAGAUGUAACUGUGGAAUAAAUUAAACAUUUAUUUAUAACAUUCGGUGAAAUUAAAUCUGUAGAUCUACCUAUUGAUAGUGAAACCUGUAUAUAUAUUAUAAUUAUUGAAGAAAAGAAUAGAGGAUUCGCAUUUAUAGAAUAUGAAGAUAUUGAAGAUGCUGAAGCUGCAAUAGAUAAUUAUGAUGAAGGUGAAUUAUUUGGCAAAAUUGUCAAAGUUAAACCAGCUAAACCAUAUAAGCCAAAAUCAUUUUAUACUAAACCUGUUUGGCAUUCUGAAGAUUGGUAAAGAAAAAAUAAUGAAGAGUACACUUACAAAGAACGUGUUAGAAGAGAAAAAUAAAAAAAGAGAGAUGAAGAAGAAAGAAAAAAAGAAGAGGAAAAAGCUAAGAAGUAUUAAAAGAAAUAAUGA